AAAUAGUGAUAAAAGUAAAAAUAAAAAAACUCAUGAAGGAGAACUGAUGAUGCUUUUCUCCCACUAACUCCUCCUUCCUCCUCUGACUCCAGUUCAGUUUGUUCUCCUCAGCCUUCAGUCUCUCCUGAUUCUUCAUCCUGUGAGAAUCAGAGAAAUCAAAGCUUAACUUUUUACUUUGACUUCUCUUUUUCUUUUUAAAUGACAUUUAAGCCAUAAAACCCCCCAGUUUCCCUACGGUUUAUGUUAAUUAGGAUGGAAAAGGAGCGUGUAGAUCUUUAAGGUUCUUUUCUUCCCUCUCACGAGAGAGACACGUUUAUGCCUCCUGGUAACGGCUGAUCCAUCUGUAUGCUGAAGAGGGGAAGAACAAGAGGUGUAUGCUGCCUCACGCCGUCGUUCAUCUACAGCCACCAUGAGCUGGAGCUUCCUGACUCGCCUGCUGGAGGAAAUUCACAACCAUUCCACGUUUGUGGGGAAGAUCUGGCUCACCGUCCUCAUCGUUUUCCGUAUCGUCCUGACGGCGGUGGGCGGCGAGUCCAUCUACUACGAUGAGCAGAGCAAGUUCGUCUGCAACUCCGGCCAGCCGGGCUGCGAGAACGUCUGCUACGACGCGUUCGCGCCGCUCUCGCACGUCCGCUUCUGGGUCUUCCAGAUCAUUCUGGUGGCGACGCCUUCGCUCAUGUAUCUGGGCUACGCCGUCAACAAAAUCGCUCGGGCCGAGGAGCAGGCGGACGGCGGGGGAGCGAGCGGAUUCUCGCAGAGGAAACUCAAGAAGCCCUACCUCGCCGGCAGGAAGCAGCACAGGGGCAUCGAAGAGGCCGAGGACGACAACGAGGAAGACCCGAUGAUCUACGAAGUGACGGAGAUGGAGAGCGACGCCGGAGCAGUGAGAGGAGACGGGGAAAGACACGUGAAAGUCAAAGCUCGCCACGAUGGACGUCAGCGGAUCAAAGAGGACGGGCUGAUGCGCAUUUACGUCCUGCAGCUGUUGGCCCGUUCGCUGCUGGAGCUGGCUUUCUUAUGUGGACAGUACGCUCUGUACGGAUUCGCCGUUCCUGCCAGCUACGUCUGCUCCGACCUGCCCUGCCCACACAGCGUGGACUGCUUCGUCUCCAGGCCAACUGAGAAAACCAUCUUUCUGCUCAUCAUGUACAGCGUCUCCCUGCUCUGCCUGCUACUCAACAUAUGGGAAAUGCUUCACCUGGGCAUCGGCACCAUCUGUGAGAUAAUGCAGUCCCGCCAGCUGCCGCUACCUCACAACGAGCUCUACAAACUCACCAAAAAAAACGGAGCUCUCAACGAGGGCGAGGCCUACGGCAGCUACCCCUUCACCUGGAACGCCCCUUCAGCUCCUCCAGGCUACAGCGUGGACAUCAAGUCUCUCCUGGUGGCGAAGGAGAACCAACAUCUACCUAUUAGCGAUCUCACCAACGCGAAAAUCGCGUGCCGGCAGAACCACGUGAACAUCGCCCAGGAGGAGCGCCGAGAGUACACCAAUAAUGAGGAGAACCUGUGCAAAGCCGGGAGAGGAAACAAGCCCACGGAGCCCCAGAUCAAGCUGAAAGCAGACAAUCAGACGUACAGCCAGCAGCAGAACCACAGCAACAAUCAGAGCAAGCCCAACCGCGAGCGGAGACACCGGCAGGCGUCCAGACAUGCUUCCAGCAAGGCGGGCACGGACAGCAGCAGCACCGGCAGCAGCAGCAAAUAUGGCAUGAUGAAAGGUUCUGAGUGGAUCUGAAACACUGCCAGCUUCUUUCUACUCUCAAAAUACAAAGUAUGUUAAGUUAUUUAGCUUUAGUUGACCUAGGUGCAUUUUUUAUAUUAUUUUAUGAGUUUAGAUUUUCUUUGUCAGUAAAAAGUCACAUUUCCUCACAUUUAUAUAGUAGUAGACCUACUGGUGUGUCUAACCGUUUUAUUAAUACUUUUUAUUUGUUGAAAAAAAGUUAAUUUGUGUAAAAGUUCAUGUUUUCUGUUUUGGGAAAAACUAACAUUUAGGAUUUAUUGCAUUAAAUCUUGGUUUGGGCUGCUGUUGCUCUGUUAGAAUCGUUUCAAAACGUUAAAACUGAAUUUAUCAUUAUCAAAUUAGCUUCUCAAGUGCCUUUUUUGAACGUUCGAUGAGCUGCCUCACAAUAAUCUUCCAUUGCUCUAUGCUUUACAUGUAAAGGAUUUUGUGUUUCAUUUUCUUUUUUAGUAUUUUAAAAUUUUAGUAGUAUUUCAUGUUUAUUUUUCAGUUUUUAGAGGCAAUAAAAUGACAAAACCAAAGAACAAUAAAAAGGUGGGAGUUCAUUGUUUAUCCUGUUCUGGAGUUGUUUUAUUUAUCUGAUAACAUAACAUUUAUUGUUUGCUAUAAACACAAAUCCUAAAAUACAUAUGUUGCAAUCUUCUAACAACUUUGUUCCUUAGUAAUAAAUACAUUUUUCCAGGUUUUAAAGCCUUACAGUAGAGGUAAUUUUAAAAUUGUUGUUAACUUACCUCUAAACAAUA